GGACGUCCCUUCCGGUGAGAAACAUCAUGUCAUCUUAUCGCCCUCGCGGUGGGCACACCGGCCCUCAGCAGCCAUACAGAUCAUAUCAUUCUUCACAACAAGACGACUUCUACGAUGACCGCUCAAGGUCACGAUCCCGAGACCGCAGACACAGCUCCCCUCACAAACGAAGUCCUCCACACGGUAAACCAUAGUUCAGAAUGGGAUGGGAAGUUGAGGCCAUUAUACUGAUAUGUAAACGCUCAAAGACAUAAGCCGACCACCAACCGGACCGUCUCAGGGAGAAUUCCAUUUUCGUGGCCGUGCCCGGAGUCCAGAUCGAAGACGUGACCGCAGCUACGAUAGGCGCAACCGUUAUUAUGAUGACGAUCGCAGCUCACCAUCCCCUCGCCGAGGUAGAUCGUCGUAUUAUGACCGAGAUGACCCUCGCUCCGCUUCACGAGACUACCGCAGUCGAAGUCGAAGCAGACACCGGACACCCUCAGACGAGCGACCACCGAGUCGAGGCGCCCCAAGCCGGGAAAUUAUGAUGGAUGGACUGGCUCCUCGUCUGACUGAAAACGAUGUUCGAAUACUCCUGCCCGAACUCCCUGAUCACAUGCCACCAAUCUGGUUAUCCAUGGUGACUUGCUCUGUUUCCUGCGGGACAUAUGGCUAAGGUUUCUCGACUUUGCGAAACAGAUCUCCUCGGAACUUAAACAAUACUAUCAUGCAGAAGGCCUGGAGGAUACUCGCGUCAUCCGCGACAAGCAAACCAAACAGUCAAGGAGAUUUGGCUUCAUCCGCUUCGGCACAGUGCAAGAGGCGGAAGCUUUCAUGGACCGCAAUUACCCUAUUCUCUACUUGUAUGGUAACGGCAACAAGUCUAACGGAGAUGCGUCCAAAGUUCGGAUAACUUUCAGUCGAGAACGGAAAGACCCACGUAGGACUGACGAGCCGGACUGGAUUUGCGAUUCUGUAUGUUGUGGAGAGUCAAGUCGCCGUGGAGCUACUAAGCUGAUGGCUCCUUAGUGUCUCAUUAACAACUUUGCGACACGAGAUCGGUGCUUUAGGUGCCAGGCCGAGAAACCAGAACAUCCAAAUUACGCUAUACCGACAAAACCGCCCAACGUCGGAGACAACGACGCUUCGCCAGACAAUCGCCCCUCUCAAUUCCUUCUCUUACGGGGUUUGGAACCUUCCGUGUCCGAAGAAUUGCUGGUUAGGGGCGUAGCAAAACUUAACAAGCCAAGCUCGUCAACGUCUCAACGAGAUGAGCAAUCCUCCAAAAAGGGUGCCAAGGUCGCAUCCACAACUGGUGAUGCGAAUCUUGGAGCGAGAGAAGGUACAUUGCGUCGAGUCCUGCUUAUCCGCGAUCGGAAAACCAACGAGAGUUGGCGGUAUGGCUUUGCGGAAUAUGCUUCGAUUGAGGAUGCACAAGCUGCGCUGAUUCGGUACAAUUCCUUCGAACGGUUUACGAUAGCUUCCAAGCAGGUGCUUGUUAGCUACAUCCAUGCUGGCGUUUUCGUUCCCGUGUUGAAUCCAACUCCUGACACUGAACGCUUCUGCUUCAGCCCCGUGGGCAACCCGGCCAUGAAGCUGGCGUAUUGGGAUGAGGGAGCUUAUGUGAAGGAGCUGGCUGUAUCGAUGCCAACCACCGUCUCACAGGAUCCAAAGAAUGGGUCGACCAUACGCACAGACACAGGAACUAAACCAGCCAAAGACGCAGAGAAGGCCAAGAAGCGCAAGGCACAGGCAGAUAUCGAUACUUCCGGAGUCAAAAAGACGGUGCCAUCGCACCUCCAAUUCUGGAGUAAUCGUCACGCUGAAUUGCAUGGCAUUACAAAGAAAUCCAACGACAGAGAAGACUCGAGAUCUACUGACGGGGGUGAAAGCGCGGAUGCGCCGCCCUCACAUUCCUAUGCUGACCCAAAUCGACACUGCUGUUAUCUCUGCAUGCGUCAGUUCAACAACUCGGCAGAAGUCAACAAGCACGAGCGCCUGAGUACCUUGCACCGCACGAAUUUGCAGGAUGAAAUGAAAGUCAAAAAAGCAGAGGCAAAGUUGGUAAAACACGGAAUCCAACGCCACUUCGUCAUGGCCGCGGCGAAACCCGCGCAAGAGUACCGCGAUCGAGCAAAAGAGAGACGCAAGAUCUAUGGCGUGGUCAAUAAAAAGGGCGAACAAGUCGGAAACGCACCCAGGUCAUCACGCGCGUCCUCUGAUGAUGAAGCUUCAAAACCACCUGUUCAGUCCAAGGGCGCUUCAUUGCUCAGCAAGAUGGGCUAUACCGCCGGGCAAGGGCUCGGUGCCUCUGGAGAAGGGAUGACCGCGCCGAUAAGUCAAGACGUCUAUGUUGCUGGAGUUGGGCUGGGUGCGCAAGGCGGCAAACUUGGUGAUGCAAUUGUGGAAGCCGAGCGAAACACCAAAGGCGAUUAUGGUGGGUUUCUGGAAGAGACGCGGCAGAGGGCCAGGGAGAGGUACGCGAGGAUGGAGUAGAGGGCGAGGGCCUGGGGAACCAGGGCGGCAUGUUGCCUUGAAACGGUGGGACGAGGACGGUGAAGACGGCAAUGAUAAUGAUACACGUGCUCUGAGGGAGGAGAAAUAUUGUACGAAUACCGAGCAUGCCUCUGACGAUGAUAGCGAAGACGGAUGAAUGAUGAACAAACGUCCCUGGCUGCUA